UUGAGCGCACAAGCGAAACGUGAAGAUCAUAAAACGUAAAACCUGCAUGAACGACACACAACUAGAAGGAAUACGGUUACGGAAGUAUGUAAACACUAACCUACUUUCGAUCAAAGUGUGCCUGUAAUCUGUAAUAUCCAGUAAUAUCACACGUGGAUUGUUUAUACGAUUUACAAGAAUGGCUUACAUCCUGGGCAAGGCUUCCAUUUUGUGUCGAUCAGGUUUUCGCAUGAAUAUAAUUCCUGGUUCUAUCAAUAAAAAUACUUUUGUAAGAAGUUAUGAAUACCUUAGUAACAAAACGAAUCCCUGGGCAGAGCAGAAGUAUAAACAGAAGGACAAUAUAAGCGACAAUUACCAGCUUGUAUAUAGGGAGCAGUCAUUUAUCAACUUAGUAACCACUUCAGGCUAUCAUAUUGGAUGGUUAGGUCUCGUUACUAGUACAAUUUGCCUUGGAUAUGUGAUCUAUAAAAAACCACCGGUACAAGAGAAAGGAUCAGAAGAUGCGCCAACUACUGAAGUAAUUAGGCCUCUGACUGCUAUGGAAAGGAUAGUAUUGUUAUUUCUUAGUUUUGUUAUUUCCACUGUGCUCAUAGUAGGCACCAGAACACUUCCGUUUAGAAUUUAUCAUGAUCCUGUAGGAAAAAUGUACAAAGCUGUAUUUGUAAGUAGAAUAUUGGGCAAGAAACAAAUAGAAACAUUUGGCGAGGGUACUGUUGUACCCGUAUUCAGUCGUAAAUCCCUAGGAGAUUUAUUAUUUAAUAUUAACGGCCGCGUAGUAAUACUUGAUAAAGAAUGUUUUCCAGUGCAGUACGUACGAGAACGAAUGCUUCGCAAAAAUUCUGCUGCAGAGUAAAAGUAUAUGUAUUUAUAUUUGUGUUAUUGCAUCUUAUAUCGUACGAACUCUUGAUAUCAGUGAUAUCGUUGAUUUAUUUUGCCUCUAUUCGACAUUGCAAACAAGAUUGAACUUUAAUAUUAAAAUGUAAACAUAAUAUUCUCUUUGCAAGACAUAAUGUACACACAAAUGUGCACAUGUGUACAAAAUUAGUAUCAUUGUAUUUUUAUCAAUUAUUUAAAUAAAAUUUCUAUUGUAUAUAUUACAAUAUUA